AAGGCAAGUUCACAAGAAACUUUGACACUAAAAAUGUCACAUUACCAGAUAAACUUCCCUUGAUCAAUAAGCAAAACAAAGCAUCCAAUUAUUUUUAAAGAGGAAUAAGUCUAGUACUUUUGUACAUAUAACCUGUAAAAGUCAGUGCUUUACAAAUUAUUGUAUUUAUUUAUUGGCAAAAAUGUUGUCUACAAUUGUAAAGGAGCAUCAAAGUAAACAAGCAGCAAGGAAGGAGAGACAAGAACAAAAAAGGAAAGAAGCUGUACAAGCUGCAAGUAAUUUAACACAGGCUUUAGUUGACCACCUAAAUGUAGGGGUAGCCCAAGCAUAUUUGAAUCAAAAGAAAUUGGACGCAGAAGCAAAACAGUUACAGCAUAGUGCAACAAAUUUUGCAAAACAGACACAAUCCUGGUUAAAUUUGGUGGAAGCCUUUUCAAGCGCAUUGAAAGAAAUUGGUGAUGCUGAAAACUGGGCACGUAGUAUAGAAGGUGAUAUGAGAACUAUAGCAACUGCUUUGGAGUACUCUUAUAAAGCAACUCAAGAAGCUCCAGGACCCAGUGCUACUUGAACAACCAAUAUUUCAAGGGUAUUUCAUUGUAUAUUUGUUUACAGAAUUGUACAAUAAUUUGUUGUUGUUUAUGUUAAUAUGAGUAUGUUCAAAUAAAUUGAAAUAUGUUGCUUUU